GCCCGCUCAGCCCUUGGCCUCCCGCCCCGCCUGUCACUCACCAUUCAGGGGGCGGGGCUGUCUGGAAAAGUCUGCAAACCGAGGCUGGGGGCGUGGAACCGCGAACCCCAUACAACCGGAAGUUUCGCUGGCUUCGUAGAGGGUGCGACGUUUGACAGCCCCGCCCUUACGUCAUUUCUCUGCGCCGCAGCUGCGUCCUGUGUUACCAGCCCCGCGCGGCGUGGGGUGCACUUGUUCCCACCGAGAGGACGCCGGAAGGUCUGCAGAAGCCGGAGAUGGUUCUGUGUUGUGGCAUUCAUCAGGACUUCAUUUCUCUUUAAGGCUGAAUAGUGUUCCAUUGUAUAUUCCAUUUCUUCUUCAGUCAGUUCAGUAACUGUGUCUUCCUAAGAAUUGAGAUGUUGCAACAAAUGGAUAUAGUGCUGGAGGUGCUCAAUCAUCUAUGUCAGAAUAUUUCCAAGACAGCUUCCUGGCCAGCCAAUUGGAGGAGACCCGUAUUUGUGCCAAUUCCAAAGAAAGGUGAUCUACAGAAUGCAGAAAUUAUCAAACAAUAUCAUUAAUAUCACACACGAGUGAAAUUUUGCUGAAGAUCAUUCAAAAGCGAUUGCAGUAGUACGUCGACAUUGAACUGCCAGAAGUUCAAGCCGGAUUCAGAAGAGGACAUGAAAUGAGGGAUUUCGUUACUGGUGUCAGAUGAAUCUUGGCCAAAAGCAGAGAAUUUCAGAAAGACAUUUGCCCGUGUUUUAGUGGCUAUGCAAAUGUAUUUGACUGUGUGGAUCAUAACAAAUUAUGGAUAACAUAGUGAAGAAUGGGAAUUCCAAAACAGGACUCGGUGGUCUUAGAGGACGUGGCUGUAAACUUCACCCAGGAAGAGUGGGCUUUGCUGAGUGCUGUUCAGAGGAAUCUCUACAAGGAUGUGAUGCUGGAAACCUUCUGGAACUUGGCCUCAGUAGAUUGGUGUAUUCAAGUUAAAACCACUGGAUCAAGUCAUCCGCGGGAUAUAUUUGGAAAUGAAAUCUCCAGUGAUGAGAAAAUUAAAAGUUUCAGAAGAAAUGAUUCCUUGUCUGAUUUGGAAGAAAAAGGGAAACUUCAUAACACUGAAGAUCAGCCCCAAAUCCAGAGGAAGCAUUUGAGGGGACAAGUGGGCAGUCACAGAGGACAGAAAAUCCCUGCAUGUGAAGUAUGUGGGAAAACCUUUACGUAUUCCUCAUCCCUUAAAGUACAUUUAAGACGGCACAGUGGAGAGAAACCCUAUGAAUGUAAGGAAUGUGGGAAAGCCUUCAAUUGUCCCACAUACUUUCGAGAACACGUGAGAAUGCACACUGGAGAGAAACCCUAUGAAUGCAAGUAUUGUUGGAGAGCCUUCAAUUUUUACUCAUCCCUUCAGGAACAUGAGAGAACUCACACUGGAGAGAAACCCUAUAAAUGUAAACAGUGUGGAAAAGCUUUCACUUUUUAUUCCUCCCUUCAUGGACAUUGGAAAACACACAGUGAACCGAGACCUUAUGAAUGCAAGCAAUGUGGAAAAGGUUUCCGUUGUCCCAAAUACUUUCAACAACAUGUGAACAUGCACAGUCAAGAGAAACCCUACGAAUGUAAGGAAUGUGGGAAAGUCUACAGUAUGCCUGCAAACCUUCGACAACAUAUGAUAAUGCACAGUGGCGAGAGACCCUAUGAAUGUAAACAAUGUGGGAAAACCUUCAGAUGGACUACCUCCUUACGAUUACAUAUGAGAACUCACUCUAGCGAGAAACCCUAUGAAUGUAAGCAGUGUGGGAAAGCCUACAAGUGUCUUAUAUCCCUUCAAGGACAUGUAAGAAAACACACUGGAGAGAAUCCUUAAGAAUACAAAGAAUAUUAGAAAGCCUCCAUUCACCCCAAAAACCUUGUUUUACACAUAAGAAAACACUGGAAAAAAACCCUUAUGAAUGUAAUGAAUAUGGGAAAACCUUCAGGUAUUGUGUACACGAACAGACUAGGAAAACCUUUUAAUUAUUCAACCUUUGUAUGGAUCUCUUGUAUAUUUAAUUUCUAGUUCAUAUUUCUAAUGUAAGUAUCUAAGAUAAUGGCUGUCUACGUCCUUGGGUGGUUCAUACAGUUAAGUGCUUGGCUAGUAACUGAAAGUUUUGUGGUUCAAAGCCACCCAGAGAUGCCUCUGAAAAAAGGCCUGACAACCUACUUAUGAAAAUCAGCCAUUCAAAUCUCUAUGGAGUGCAUUUCUACCCUGACACACACGGGCCUCUGCCAUAGAUUGAAUAGUGUCCCCCCAAAUUAUGUGUCAAUUUGGCUAGGCCGUGAUUCCCAGUAUUGUGUGCUUGUCCCCCAUUUUAUUAUCUGAAGCAAUUAUCAUACGUGUUGCAAAUCCUAACCUCUGUGAUGUUAAUGAGGCAGGACUCAAUCUAUAGGAUUAGGUUGUAUCUUUAAUCAAUCUCUUUUGAGAUAUAAAAGAGAGAAUCGAGCAGAGAGGACUCAAGCAAUCAAGAAAGAAUCAUUGGGAGAGCGUUGUGUCCCUUGGACCUGGGGUCCGUGUGCUGAGAAGCUCCUAGAUCAGGGGAAGAUUGAUGAUAAGGACCUUCCCUCAGAACCGAUGGAGAGAGAAAGCCUUCCCCUAGAGCUGGUGCCCUGAAUUCAGACUUCUACCCUCCUAAACUGGGAGAGAAUAAACUUCUGUUUGUGAAAGCCAUCUGCUCGUGGUGUAUCUAUUACAGCAGCACUACGUAACUAAGACAGGCUCUAUGAAUCAGAGCCAGCUCGGGGGCAACUCGACUGGUGUUUGAUUUUCACGUCACCUUUCAGCUGUAAUCAUGUAUUCUGUUGUAUAAAGCUUUAGAUAACUGUGCACUAACCUAAAACUUGUCUCAUUUCCAUUACGAUGUCUUGGGCCCAGAGGUUUUUGUUUGUUUUGUCUUUUUAUAUGCAACAUUUUGUAAUUUUAUAUAAAAAGUUUUGAUUCAUAUUUUUCACUCUGUUCCUAAUAUGUAGUAAUGACAUAUGUGAGACUUUGGUGUUGUUCAAAUUAAUUUUUAGUGUACUGUUGCAAAUACUGGAAUUUGCUGACUCAUCUACCUUGCCCUUCAUUCUUUAUUAUUAAGAUAUAUAUCUUCCACAUUUGUUUGUUGCUAGUUGAUACCACAUCCUUUUUGCCUAACAGAAAGUAGUAAUUCUGCCAAGAUACUGAAACAAGACAUCCUGGUCUGAUUUAUGUUUCUAUUUUGAGCUUUGGUCAUUGUCCUUGACCUUGGUUGAAAUCUGACACAAUGCAUCAAGUUAAGAAGAGACUUGUAGCAUAAAGAUGAAAGCUAGGGUACAGGUGGUUCUACUGAAUUUUACUGUCAACCUGGGUAAGGUUGGGAGCUACAUCUCCCAGAGUCUCUUCUGUUUGUGGUUCCGGGUUAAAGAUCACAAGAAGAGGAAGGUGUCUGAGUGAGCGUUGGAAGGCAGAAGUGAAGAAGCAUUCCUCUCUGUUCUGCUGGGCCAUCAGGAGAGAGAGAUGUGUAGGAACCCAGUAGCCUAGGUUACAGCUCAUCUUUGGCAUCUGGCUUUGUCACUCAAGAACAGCUCAAACCACACACCCACACACUGUGUGUUUGCCUUUAGUUCCCUCCUAGACAGCAGCUUCCACCGGCUUUUUUGGAAGCUCCCCAUCAGGGACUGUCUUAGCUCUCUAGUGCUGCUCUGCUACAACAGAAAUACCAUAAGUGGGAAGCUUUAAGAAACAGGAGUUUAUUUUCUCAGUUUAAGAGGCUAGAAGUCCAAACUCGGCACCAGCUCUGGGGGAAGGCUUUCCCUGUUUACUCUAGGGCAAGGUCCUUGUCUCUUUUCAGCUUCAGUUUGUUGGUUCCUUGGAGAUCUCAUGUGGCAUCUAUCUUCCCCCAUUUGUGCUUCUUGCUGCUUGCUUAAUUGCUCUUUUAUAUCUCAAAAGAGAUUGACUUGAGGCACACCCUACACUAAAUUGAUUCGUUAGUAUAACAAAGAAAACUCAAUUCCAAAAUGGGAUUAUAACCACCGGUAUAAUAUGAUUUACACAGUUCAAUCCAUAAUAUUCCACAUAAUAUUCCACACUUUGGCUCCCAAAAAUCCAUGUCCUUCCCACAUGCAAAACACGUUCACCCCAUCACAUCAUCCCAAAAGUCUUAAAUCAACUCCAAGUCCACAGUCUCAUUUUCUGAAUGAUCUAAAUCAAAUAUGGGUGAGACUUUUGGUGUGUUCUGUUCUGGGGCAAAAUUCUUCAUCUGUGAACCUGUGAAAAAUAGAAUAUAGGUUAUGUGCUCCCAAGCUACAAUGGUGGAGCAUGCACAAGGUAGACAUUUCUACUACAAGUGGGAGAAAUGGUAGGCAAAGUAGGGAUAAUGGGCACCAAGCCAGUUCAAAACCUAGCAAACCAAAUUAUUUUUGCUCUCAAGGCUUGGAAAUUCUCCUCUGUUCUCCGAGACCACCUGGGCAACGGCCCCAAUCUCCAGACUCUGGCUGUAGACUCCUUGGCCCUCAGCAGAGGCCUCACCUUCCAGGUCCACUGGUAUGGGAACCUUGCCCCCUUGGCUUUGGGUAUCCCUCUUCUAGUCAAUCUGAGUAGUGACCCCACCGCUUCAGCCCCAGUAUCCUCUGUUCCCCUGCUCCUUGGAUAUGGCAGCCAUACCGUGUCAUCUUUGUACAGCGAUCCCAUUCUGCUGACCUUUGGGCAUGGCAGCCCUGCCCCCUUCACUUUUGGCCAAAGGCUCCAUCCUCUUGGCUCACUUGGAUGGCAGCCCCAUACUCUGGAACCCAAGUUGGUGGAGAUCUGACUUUGAAACCUAGGAAGCUAUGGCUCCACACUUUGAGACACAAGAGGCUGUGGCUGCAGCCUUUGAGACCUAGGAGACUGUGUCAUCACCCCUUGAAACCAAAUCAGCGCUCAUUCCAGUGUUGCAGUAGUUCUGCUGAUUUCCGAGCUGCUACAGGGAUGGUCCAUUUCUUGGAGGACAACAGAUACAGCUCCUUUGGCCUGUUCCCUGCCUAUAGAAUUUCAAGAGGCAGACAGACAGCUUUCCUUCCUUGCAUCCUGUCGCUGUCCCCUUUAGUCUAAGCUGAUGGGUUUUCUGCUGUGGUAGUUGGUUAGAUCUAUCAGUCACACGCUUAAUCUCUAACAAAAGAUCGAGUCACCAAGUCCUUGUUGAGAGUUUUAGGGCAUAUGUCCUUAGUUUGUACUACAAAAUUUUCUAAAUCUUUAAGUUCCAGUUUCAUUUUGCACAGUUCAUUUUACAGUCCUUCUCUUCCUUCUCAUGUUUUACUAUAAGCGGCAAUGAGAAACCACAUGGCCCCUUUAAGAUCUUGCUUAGAAAUGUCAGCCAGAUAUCCAAGUUCAUCACAUACAAGUUCUACCUUCCACCAAACAUUCGAACAUAAUUUAGACAAGUUUUGCCAUGGCAUAAAAACAUUGCCCAGCCUGCACUGUCCAGUCACACGUUCAUCAUUUCCUUUAGAGCCUCCCCAGAAGCACAUUUAAUGUCCACAUUUCUGGCAACGUUCUGUUGACUGUGCCUUAUGUAUUCUGUAAGAUGAUAGAGCCUUUCUCUAUAGCUUUCCUCACUUCUUUCUGAGCCCUCCCCAAAUUGCCUUUAAUAGCCAUAAUUCUACCAAAUCUUGUCUCUUCAGGGCAAUCUAAGGCCUUACUAUAUAAACCAUAUCAAAAUUCUUCCCGCCUUUACCCAUUAUCCAAUUCCAAAGCUGCUCCACAUUUUAAGUAUUUGUUAGAGCAAUGCCCCACUCCUGAUACCAAAUCUUAGUUAUCUAGUGCUCCUAUAACAAAUAUCACAAGUGGGCGGCUUUAAGAAACAAAUGUAUUUUCUCACAGUUUGUUGUUGUGAGGUGCCAUCAAGUUGUUUCUGACUCAGAGACCCUAUGCACAACAGAACAAAACACUGCCCGGUCCUGCACCAUCCUUAAAAUCGUCGUUAUGCUUGAGCUCAUUGUUGCAGCCACUGUGUCAGUCCAUCUCGUUGAGGGUCUUCCUCUUUUCUGCUGACCCUGUACUCUGCCAAGCAUGAUGUCCUUCUCCAGGGACUGAUCCCUCCUGACAACACGUCCAAAGUAUGUAAGACGCAGUCUCGCCAUCCUUGCCUCUAAGGAGCAUUCUGGUUGUACUUCUAAGACAGAUUUGUUCCUUCUUUGGCAGUCCACGGUAUAUUCACUAUUCUUCACCAACACCACAAUUCAAAGGUGUCAAUUCUUCCUCGGUCUUCCUUAUUCAUUGCCCAGCUUUCACGUGUAUAUGAUGAGAUUGAAAAUACCAUGGCUUGGGUCAGGUGCACCUUAGUCUUCAGGGUGACAUCUUUGCUCUUCAAGACUUUGAAGAGGUCCUUUGCAGCAGAUUUACCCAAUGCAAUGUAUCUUUUGAUUUCCUGACUGCUGCCUCCAUGGCUGUUGAUUGUAGAUCCAAGUAAAAUGAAAUCCUUGACAACUUCAGUUUUUUCUCUGUUUAUCAUGAUGUUGCUCAUUGGUCCGGUUGUGAGGGUUUUUGUUUUCUUUAUGUUGAGGUGUAAUCCAUACUGAAGGCUGUGGUCUUUGACCUUCAUCAGUAAGUGCUUCAAGUCCUCUUCACUUUCAGCAAGCAAGGUUGCAUCAUCUGCAUAACGCACAUUGUUAAUGAGUCUUCCUCCAAUCCUGAUGCCCUGUUCUUCUCACAGUUUAGGAGGCUACAAGUCCAAACUCAGGGCGCCAGCUCUAGCAGAAGGGUUUCUCUCUUUCUGCUCUGGGGGAAGGUCCUUGUCUCUUUUCAGCUUCUUGGUUCCUUGGAGAUCUCAUGUGGCAUGGCAUCUCGCUUCCUGCAUCUGUGUACUCUUGUUGCUUGCUUAAUCUGCUCUUGUCUACCUCAAAAGAGAUUGAUUUAAAGAACACCCUACGCUAAUACUGCUUCAUUAACAUAACAAAGGAAACCCUAUUCCUCAAUGGUAUUAAAACCACAGGUAUAGUAAGAUUUACGAUACGCAUUUUUCAGGGACACAAUUCCAUGACGUGGAACUUCUCUGUUGCUCAGGCACACACUGCUUCAGGCUGCUGCAGUGAGAGAUCUUCUCUUGUCCUCCGACUCUUCAUCUCCAACGCUUUCAUGUCAUGUGGUUCUGUUUCCUGUUUCCACUUGAAGAGAUUUAAUGCUGUGGCCAAAAAUGCAGGAAAUGUAGUUCCCUGAUGGCUUUAUUAAGAGGCUACACUGAUUGUGCACUUUGUGUUUCUGACAUUUCCACGAUUAAAAUAAACAUAUGGGAAUAUACGUAGCAGGUUGGGGGAUGUGAUGGUUAUGGUUGUGUGUCAACUUGGCUGGACCGUCAUUCUCAGUGGUUUGGCAGUUAUGUAAUGAUGUAAUUUGGCAGUUAUGUAAUAUAAUUUGGCAGUCAUGUAAUGAUGUAGUUAUCCUCCAUUUUGUGAUAUAGUGUAAUCACGUCCGUGAUGUGAUCUAAUGUGAUCAGCCAAUCAGUUGUAAAGGGAGCUUCCUCGGGUGUAGCCUGCGUCCAAUAUAUAUGGACAUUCUGCCAAAGCUUGCUGGCUUUUGCUCCCUCUGGAUCCUGCAACCGGCUUGUCAUUAUAUGCCUUCCAGUUCUUGGGACUUGAGCUAGUGGCCUGCUAUAUUGCCUGCUGAUUUGGGGGAUUCAUUGGCUUUCACAGCCUGUGAGCUAGCAGCCUGUUGUCUGACCUGCCAAUAUUGAGUUCUUCAUCCCCUGCAGCUAUGUGAGUCAGGAGAAGCCUCCAGCCUGAUUCCUGACCCACAGACUUGGGACUUGCUGGUCUCUACAAACACGUGAGCCAUUUCCUUGAGAUAAAUCUUUCUCUCUCUCUCUCUGUAUAAUGUACUCUCUCUAUGCGUGUGUGUGUGUGUGUGUGUGUGUAUAUGUUUACUUCUAGACAUGUUUAAUUACUUUCAUUUUUAUGUGUGAUUAAAAAACCAAAACCAAACCCAUUGCCACUGGGUCAAUUCUGACUCAUAGCGACCCUACAGGACAAAGUAGAACUGCCCCAUAGCGUUUCCAAGGGGCUGCUGGUACAUUCAAACUGCCGACCUUUUGGUUAGCAGCCAAGCUCUUAACCAGUGUACCACCAGGGCUCCUGGUGUUUAAUUACUUUCAUUGUUAAGUGUGAUUCAAAACAAAUAACAUUUUUGUCAGACAUAAUUCUGUGUAUGUUUCUUAGGAAACUCUUACCUAGGUUUUAAAAUCUGUUGUAUACUUACAAGUGUCAUGUGUUAUGUCUUAUUAACUGAGAUGGUAUGGUAGCAUAUCCCGUUCUGAUGAUGGAUUGUUAAUUCAUCCUUGUAAUUGUGUUUAUUUUUCCUUAUAUAUCCUGAGGAAAUAGAACUACAUAUGUACCUACACCUUUUGACAUUUUUCCCUCUGGUGUUUUUUCCUUUAGUUCCUUUGUAGUUACUGUCUUUUAAAAUGACCCUUUAUUCAUUGUUAAUACUGAAAGGAGCCUUGGUGGCACAAUGGUUAAGAGCUCAGCUGCUAUCCAAAAGGUCGGCACUUCAAAUCCACCAGCCACUCCUUGGAAACCAUACAGGCAGUUCUACGCUGUCCUGUAGGGUCGUAAUGAGUUGCAAUCAACUCGAUGGCAAUGGGCUUUGGUUUGGGGUUUUUUGGUUUAAUAGUAAAAACCUAAAUAUUGCUCAUGUCAGUGCCCUCCAGCCAAAGAAUACCAGGAACACACCUGCUAUGGCCAAACAAAGCUGAUACGCCUGACUUACUUCAAAUGGCAGGGACCAUACACUGUGAAUGAGUCUAGAUGUCUCAUUAGGAAGGUGUUAUAGGAUUUCAGAGUGUGUUUGGCUACUUUGAGGAAGGUACAACGAAGCCAGGCUUUGCACUCAGAAGCAAUGAGGAAGGGAGGUUAAUUCCAUGAUUGAGAGUUUUGAUUUGAAUGUACAAUGUUGGGAAGACAGACUGAAGCUAAAGCUGCUACCAGGAAGAAGCAUCAUUAUCCCUGUUGGCCAGUGUCAUGGAUUGAAUUAUGUCCCCCCAAAAACGAGUAUCAACUGGGUUAGGCCAUGAUUCCCAGUAUUGUGUGGUUGUCCUCCAUUUUGUGAUUGUAAUUUUAUGUUGAGAGGAUUAGAGUGGGAUUGUAACACGGCCCUUACUCAGGUCACCUCCUUGAUCCAAGGUAAAGAGAGUUUCUCUGGGGUGUGGCCUGCACCACCUUUAUCUCUCAAGAGAUAAAAGGAAAGGGAAGCAAGCAGAGACUUGGAGACCUCAUACCACCAAGAAAGCAGCACCAGGAGCAGAGCACAUCCUUUGGACAUGGGGUCCCUGUGCCUGAGAAGCUCCUUGACCAGGGGAAGAUUGGGGAUGAUAACCUUCCUCCAGAGCCAACAGAGAGAGAAAACCUUCCCCUGGAACCGAUGCCCUGAAUUUGGACUUGUGACCUACUAGACUGUGAGAAAAUAAAUUUCUCUUUAUUAAAGCCAUCCACUUGUGGUAUUUCUGUUAUGGCAGCACUAAAUGACUAAGAGCCAGGAUAGAAGUUGGUGCGUCUUUUUUGUGCUUUGGAUGAUGCCUUUGUUUCUCUAUCUGCUCAGAGAUCUUUAUGGAGUAGACUUGCCUUUGUCCUGACCCAUCAUGCUCACAGAGUAGUCCUGUCUCAUGAAGCCAUUUGUGUUCAAUAGAAUGAUGCCUUGUCUCUCUCUGAAUGGCUGGCCAGCUCCUAGCAACGCCAAGGCCUAGCCGUUAGGAUCAUGCCAGUCCCUGUGUGUCAUGUCCAUUUUCCUGUUUCACAGUCUCCCCUCGUACAGGAGUAUAGAUAACAUCAUCCAGCAGGAUGUUAACCUGUGACAUCUUCAUUACCACAUUGUGUUGGUCAGGAGGCUGUCCACAGUGUGCUAUCUGUAAUUGGAUUAAAA